UUUCUUUCCACUUGGCACCAACACAGCGCAGAGUGCAUGGAUCCCUCUGACACCUCUCCAGGUAGCGAGGCUGAUGAGAACCAGUCCCAUUUCCAGGGUGUGACUGGCCUGCGGAACCUGGGCAACACAUGCUACAUGAAUGCCAUCUUACAGUGUCUCUGCAGCAUCUCGCCACUGGUGGAAUACUUUCUCUCUGGAAAGUACAUUACCGCUCUUCGAAAGGACUGCGGUGAGGUUGCCACUGCUUUUGCCUACGUGAUGACAGACAUGUGGCUUGGAGACGCAGACUGCGUCUCACCAGAAAUAUUUCGGUCAGCUCUUGGCAACCUCUACCCGGCAUUUAUGAAAAAGACACAGCAAGAUGCUCAGGAAUUCUUGAUUCAUGUCCUGAAUGAGCUUCAUGAGGCUCUGAAAAAGUACCACGGCAGGUCAUAUGAGAAAGGAUCUAUUCCCAGAUGCUGCAGGAAGGCGAUCGCCAGUGAGACCUCCAUCAUCACCCGGCUGUUCGAAGGGCAGCUCAGUUACAGGGUCACCUGUCUGAAGUGUGAGAACUGCACCUACAAGAACGAAGUCUUCACCGUCCUCUCCCUCCCCAUUCCAUCUGAAUCCCAGUGCUCGCUUCAGGACUGCCUCCAGUGUUUUUUUCAACAAGACACACUGACCUGGAACAACCGAAUUCACUGUUCCUUUUGUGAAACCAAGCAAGAAACAGCUGUGAGGGCCAGUAUUUCCAAAGCACCAAAAAUAGUUAUCUUUCACUUAAAAAGGUUUGACGUUCUGGGUACGAUGAAAAGGAAGCUGAGAACCGACAUUCUUUACCCACUCACUAACUUGGACCUCACUCCUUACAUUUGUCCAAUUUUUCGGAAACGUUCUAAAUAUAACCUCUGUGCAGUGGUGAACCACUUUGGUGAUCUGGAUGGUGGCCACUACACUGCUUUCUGCAAGAACUCAGUGACCCAGGCCUGGUAUAGCUUUGAUGACACACGAGUCAGUGAGAUUCCAGAUACUUCAGUUCAAACUGCUACAGCGUAUCUCCUGUUCUAUAGCUGCCAGCCCUUUUCUAUACCUAUACAAAAAUGCAAGAGCUAGAAAAACGGUGUUUCCUGAAAACUGCAACACAAGCAAUCAGAAACUGGUACUUAAGUUUUGCUUUGUCAUUAAACUCUUGCAACUUACUUGCAUCACUGACCUUUUUAAGUCUUUUUGGCAUAUUAUGCAACCUUUUUAUAA